AUGGAAUUCCCCCUUGGGUCCCUGGAAACUACCAACUUCCGCCGAUUCACUCCAGAGUCCCUGGUGGAGAUUGAAAAGAGAAUUGCGGCCAAGCAGGCAGAAAAAAAAGCCAAAGGUAAGCAGAGUAAGCAGAAGCAGAAGCAGAAGCAAGACCAAGAGGAGAAGCCUCGGCCCCAGCUCGACUUGAAAGCUUGCAACCAGCUGCCCAAGUUCUAUGGUGAACUCCCGGCAGAGCUGAUCGGGGAGCCCCUGGAGGAUCUGGAUCCCUUCUACUCUGCACACAGGACAUUCAUGGUGCUGAACAAAGGGAGGACCAUUUCCCGGUUUAGUGCCACUCGGGCCCUGUGGCUAUUCAGUCCUUUCAACCCGAUCAGAAGAACAGCCAUCAAAGUGUCUGUCCACUCAUAUCCUUUGCACAGUUGA